ACCCUUCACCUCUUUCUUCCCAUCAACCCAUGCCAUAUAUAAGCCUUCUCUACUUUUCAUUUAAACCACCUACCUCUUACCAUUUUCUGGGCCACCUUCACAUCACUCACUGCCUUCCAUCCUCCACACCCCUUUUUAGAUUCUCCACUUUAACUCCCCCACUCCUCCAUUUCAAUUUCCAUCACCCACAACACAACCCCCCCUCUAACUAUUAUUGCACUUCAUUGAUUUUAGAUCCCAUAUAUAGGUACGCUACCUUCCUUCACCUAUUUAUAACCCCUUUCCACCACCCCAACACUUCCUCAAACCCUAACUUUUCGUUUUUAUUAACUCAACACCAAUGUGGAUGGUUGGUUACAACGAAGCUGCCGACUUCACCAUGGCUGAUUAUGCACUCAAUGGAAGAAAACUCAGGCCUCUCAUGCCAAGGCCCGUGUCUUCUCCUAACAACACUCCCAACGCCAACUCUCCAUGCUUGACCCGUAUUCAUCAUGGCAACGAUUUCUUCUCACAAUAUCAUAAUCUGGCAUCAGUCGCAGAUCAGGGCAAGAGAGAGUUCAACCCUCCACCCGUAGUGGUGAGUUCGAGGUGGAAUCCGACCCCGGAGCAGCUGAGGGCAUUGGAGGAAUUGUACAGAAGAGGGACAAGAACACCGUCUGCGGAGCAAAUCCAACAAAUCACGGCACAGCUUCGAAGGUUUGGAAAAAUUGAGGGGAAGAAUGUUUUCUAUUGGUUUCAGAAUCACAAAGCGAGGGAAAGACAGAAACGCCGCCGUCAAAUGGAGUCAGCGGCUGAGGGUCAUCACACCCGUGACUUUGAUGGUACUCUUGAAAAGAAAGACUUAGGCGCAAGUAGGACAGUGUUUGAAGUUGAACAGACCAAGAACUGGGCACCCUCUACAAACUGCAGUACGCUUGCAAAGGAAUCUGUUUCAAUACAAAGAGCAGCAAAAGCAGCGGUUGCAGAUUGUAGAACAGAUGGAUGGCUCCAAUUCGAUGAAGGAGAGUUACAGCACACAAGAAACUUAAUGGAGAGGAAUGCCACGUGGCAUAUGAUGCAGCUAUCUUGUCCUUCCCCUCCUACAGUUUCACCCCACUUCAUAAACGCACCUCCCACCAUAUCUACUGCUAGCAUGUCCACCACACCCUCAGUUACACCAAGAAUAAUGGACCCAAAGCUCAUUAAGACUCAUGAUCUCAGCUUCUUUAUUUCACCUAACAGAGAAAAUGGUGUUAUCCAUUUAAGCAGUAUCAACACCUACACCCCAGAUGAUAACUCUGUGGAGUCUCAAACCCUUCAACUUUUCCCGGUCAGGAAUGGGGAUGAAAGCAGUGAUAACAUUAACCACCAAAAGGAGACAGAUGUAUCAGUCUCAGCAAUGAAUGCUCCAAGCCAGUUUUUUGAGUUCCUUCCAUUGAAGAACUGAACUGAUAUUAGAAAACAAAAACUUGCCGUGUAUGUAAAAUCAUGGGGCUGCGUUUAAACAUUGUAUUUUGUUAGAAAAUAGUACUACUUUUAUUGUUAUGGAUGUUAUGUAUCAAGGAAUUGGUGCUGUAAUAGGACGGUAGUUUGAGUGAGGUAUUUUGCCUUAAAAUGCAUUUGGACUAUGUUGAUUGAAUCAAAAAAGUAGUUAAGUCCAAGAGUUCAUUGUUUAGGGACCUUAUUCGAGUAACUUGAUAUGUAUGUACACAUGGUUGCUUCUGGUAUCUGAUAUGUGUGGCGAGAGAAACAGGAAAGAUGGUGGGGAAGGGAAGUAAAUAAAGAAUGUAUAAGGAAUUUGAUGUGAGGGUUUGAUUGAAGGCAUAGUAUCUGAAAUGGGAAUGAGAUGUGACAGACUAGGAUGUUGAAGUAACUAUGAGCAUGGGUUGGAGAAUUACUUUUGUUCUUUUGUUGCAUUCUUAAAACAAUACAGUACAUUACCAUCAAUGUUCUGACCGGAUGAAUUCUGUAGUCCAAUUUAUUACAAUAAAGAAAUCACAUCAAUGCACCGAUAGGAAACA